AUGCCGGGUUGGCAGCGUUGUCAAUAUGUUUGGUCCUCUCCUGUGGAGAAAAAGCAGAUCAAAUCCAGCCAAAGAAACCUCCUAGGAACAGAGAGCGCAAGGUACCAGAUUUAUGAGAAAGAAUAAAAUGUGCCUUGAUGAACAGCGGGGCAUCUUAGUCACCAGGUUUAUUUAUCUUCUAUUAGCCUGCAGUAUUAACGUAUAAGUUUUCCGCACAAGUCUUAAUGAAGGAGUGCGUCUCAAAGUCACUGACUGUAAUGAAUAUUUCCAUUGGCUAAUGCACGAUUGCAAGGUGGCAUCUGAAAGGCAGAUUACUGACAGCAAUCAAUAGAGCACAAAAGCAAUAUAUUUCUUUGAUUGUUUAUUUUGCAAAGAUAUGCGGAAUGCCCUGGGAUUUUUUGAUUUUUUGAUUAUUUCUCUGUACUCCUUCUGAAUGUUAACGUUUCCUGAAGAUUGUUUCAGACAGGCUGUUGGGUUGCUGUUACUCACGGAAGCAGCAGCAAGCGAGGAGUUGCUGAGGCAGAAUUCACAUCAUGGCUUGGGUCAAAGGAACGAGAGGAUAUGUCAGCUAAUUGCUGCCUAACACAAUCAAAAUUUGUGUGUGUGUGCUUUGGAGACCUAGACACACUCGGGUUCUAAGCUUUUUUUCAAUCCAGUUCCACAGCUUGGGCUGUUUGCCUAGUUUUCUUUAUGCCUUGGAAGACCAGCAACAAAGAAUGGGGACAAAACUACCUGUAACUGCUGCCGUAGAAUGUGGGCUAAGUUUUCUCUCGACUGGAUGAAGGUACUUCUAUGACAAAAGCUGAACUCCCCAGUUGCCUCUUUCAGCUUAUGUGUAUAACUUGAUGUGAAACAAAGGCUCCCUGGAAACGGUAAAUAUUGCAGAGAGGACUGCGCGUUCCUUAAAAAAAAAAUCAGCUGAGCAGAUUUACUGAGAAACAAAGACAUAUUAGAUCUAGAAGCAUUAAGAAGAAAUUAGAAAUCAAAGUAUAUUUUUGAGCUAUUGUUUAUAAAUUCAGAAAUGACUGUGCGUUUUUGCGGGGACGUGUUUCUUUUAUGUGCUUUGUUUUGUUGUAAUUGACUAGUGCCUGGAAAAUCAAGCUUUAAACCAAAAAUGUCUCUAUCUUUUAAAAAAUCAAUCCUUUGGUAUUUGUUGUGCUGCUAAGCCUAUGGCUGCAAUCCUAAGAAUGCUUACUUGGGAGUAAGCACCAUUAACUCAGUGGAGCUUACUUCUGAAUAAACAAGCAUAGCAUCAGGUCGCACAUACCAUAAAAAUAGAGUUGUGUGCUGCGUGGAUAAAAUCAUGCAGAAUGACAGGUGGAAUUAAAAAGCAGCAGAACCCUUAAAAAUACAUUGAGCAUCAUUAAGAAAUUGUACAGUGGGUAAUUUAGUUGAUGGACUUUCUUUCUAGGGUGUUACUGGAGUAAUGGCUAACUGCGAUUAAAGGUUUGUUCUCUACUAGCCAUGCGAAUGUUCAGUAAUUUCUUCCUUCUAAACUAUAUCAAAGUAGUUCUUGAGAAGUGUUCACAUUUAUUUAUUUAAGAGAUCAUUAUCUGACUUUUGAUUCUAAGGUCCCCAAGAUGGAUGACCUGUACUUUAUAAAAUAAAUUUACUGUUCAGGGACUGAUUUGCUGAGGAUUGUGAUGAUGAAUCUCACUAUACCACAACAAAGUUAAUAAACAAGCCAGUGCUUGUUUCCUAAAAAUAAAUAAAAAAAUGUUUAGUGGUACUCUCAUUUUCCUACUCAUAUUGAAAUACUGCCCCUCAAAGAGGCCAAACUUAGAUUCACAAAAUGUUUAGGGGUGUGUGUCCCCCUGCGUCCCCCCAGGAAAAAAGCGCAGAACAAAACUGCUUUUAACAAAUUCUUCAGAGCCUAAUGUCAGAUACAGUACAGAUUGGUUUAAAGUAUCACUGCCUAGAAUGUAUGGAACGACACUAUAACUGGAAAUUGGAUACAAGCCUUCUUGUUUGUAUCUUUAAAGUGCUAUAAGAAAAAAGUGUGCCUUCCCUGAUUUGGGGUGACUUGGGAGUCCCCUUUUGUCUCGACAGUCCCCUGCGCUCACAGGGCAGAACUGUGCUAUUAAGCCAAGUGCUAUUUGCUAGAAGGCACAGAGCCAAGUGUCAAACCGAAAAAUUAAGCAAGGGGAUUUGUGUUGUGGACCGAGCAGCACUUUUCCCUGUCCUGUGUGGUAAAUGCGACCACUCUUAAUCUAACACCUCAAUCCUUAUGGAACACAUCAACAACCUGAAAGGCUAUUAUAUUAUCUCUGAGAAUUAAAGAGCAUGAGAAUAGAUGCAAUGGUUCUAGUUUAUGGUUUGAUUUAAAAAAAGAAAGAUAUCUGAAUAGUAAACAACAACAAGCACCCAAUUUGCAUCCCAAUUAUACACGGCAAUAUUUUAUCCUCACAAAAACACUGAGAAGUAGGUUAGGGUGAAAAUUUAGGAUUUGGUCAGCUAGCCAGUAAAUGGGGAACCACCGGUAGAAGCCUCUCUACAUGGGCCAAAUAGAAUUUCAACAAGUUAGCUUGUACUGCUUGCCCGCCGAAUAUACUGAAAUGUUUAAGAGCAUGUUUGAAAUUAGUUGUCUUUUUUUGCAGCUGGCAGUUCAAUUUUGCUGCAAGGAAAUAUGCAAUGUUUUGAGAACUGUGUUGUAUGGUUGAAUUAUUAUAUAUAUAUAUAUAUAUAUAGAGAGAGAGAGAGAGAGAGAGAGAGAGAGAGAGAGAGUUGUCCAGUAGCACCUUAGAGACCAACUAAGGUGCUACUGGACAAUUUAUUUCUUUUUUAAUAUAUAUUUUGUCUGUGUCAGACCAGUUUUUUGAUGCGUAGGUUGCAAACAAAAAUACAAACAUACCAUGUGUAACAGAAGGGUUUGAUUCAAAUAGCUAGGAGCCACUUUUUUACAUUUACAUUAACUCUGAAGGGCCACGCUCCUGCAUAUUUUUCUCGCAUUCUUACUCCAUGUGUUCUUUUUAGAUGCUUCUCUUUUAAUGCCUUUUUAUACAGCACUAUGUAGCUCUGUCCCCCAACUGUUUACCUUUUGGUCUCUUACUCCCUUGUAGGCUUCCUCUCCUUUGUAUAGUGUACAGUCAAACCUCAUGUUGCGUCCGCUUCAGGUUGCGUGUUUUCAUCUUGCAUCCCGUGGCAACCCGGAAGUACCAGAAUGGGUUACUUCUGGGUUUCUCCGCUUGCGCAUGUGCAGAAGCGCUAAUUCACGCUUCGCGCAUGCGCAGAAGGGCCAAGUUGUGCAGCAUGCCUGCGCAGACAUGGCGCUUCAAGUUGCGGGCUUUUCACAUUACGGACUGGCCUCCGGAACAGAUCCAGUCCAUAACUUGAGGUACCACUGUACUCUCUUUACUUUGGUCGAAUCCCAUCUUCUAGCUACCCCCAUUAUUUCUCUAUCCAUUAUUUCUCUACCCCACCCUAUCCCACAGGUCUCUGCUUCCUAAUAUCUCAGCUAUGACCCAUUGCACUUUAGUUCCCAAUCUUCCCAGCCUCUUACUCCAUUUGUAGAAAAGCAUAAGACAAGGUCAUGUUGGAUCAAAAGCCCAGCUCUGCUUCCAGUAGUAACCAGGGAGAUAGAUGUCAGAUUUUCCCCAUUUUCCACAUUCCACGCUGCUCUGGCCAGCGGUAUUUAUCAAAACACUCAGGACAGGAGUUAUGGCAUUCUUCAUUUUGCAUUACUAACACUGUUAAUUCCACCAAAUCUUUAAAAAAAAAAAAGGCCAACCAAACAGCAAAAUAUACUGGACUGAAUCUGAGUGAUCCUGCUCUCAUCAUGGGGGGGACGGGACAGAUUUAUUGCACCACCAUAAUACAAGCCCUUCCCUUGGCUCUUAGAAAUAUAUUUUUGGACCAGGAACUACAGAGGAGAAGAACUCUGAGCAAAUAACUCAAAUAAGGAAUUGCUUUCAAACUCAAAGUUCAAACACAAUCCCUUUUAUGCAUUUGGAAGUUGCCUCUAAACAUUGUUCGGGAGUAGUCCUAACCAAUUUUGUAUUUCUAUCAAACUCUAUAUCCAAUUUAGUUAACUUCCAAUUUGCCCUUUGCAAAACCUCAUUUGUUACUUCAGUGGAAUUAACUUUUGCUGCCGGGGCUGCCAUAUGUUCAGAAUUUCCCAGACAUAGACAGGAUUUGUCUGUCAACAAUGGCGUCUGGGCUGAAUUUUCGAGGAUGGUUUAAAAUGUCCGGGAAAACCUGGGCAUAUGGCAGCCCUUCCCAAUGUCCAUGUCUGGAUUUUCACUUUCUGAAAUAUAGCAACCCUACCUUAUGCACCCUGUAAUAUUAAAAAGAUGCAGCAUGAAUAAAUUGUAUUGUUAUUGCUAUGUUGGACACAAAUGGGCAGAUUGGCCGCUCUUGUCUAGAACAAUGGGGGUUUCUUGGGUUGUUUUUGUUUUUAUUAUGUAUUUGGUGCUUUUAAAUUGUGAUUUUAUGUUGUAAAUGCCCUGAGACCUCCAGGUAUAGGACAGUAUACAAAUUUAAUUUAAAAAGUAAUAAAUAAACUGACUGGAAUGUCACCCGUCACACCUAUCUGCCAAGACUUGGGAUAAGAGCAUUUCUGCCUGAUCUACGGUCACGAAGAAAUGUCUCUCUCUUUGCAUCUUCAGAGCCUUGACAUCCUACUCAAGACAGACUUAUUUAUACCUUCGUUUCUCAUCUCUUCAGUUUCAGGUAAUGAAGGACCUGCAAAUGAUUCUUACCAUGCCCUGAUGAUGAAAAGAAGAAGACUGUGGAAUUCCUUUGUUCCUCUUUCCUGGAGAAUGGAUGGCGAGCCCUUCACCUCUGCUUUCUUCUCUUCUGGGAACAUUCCCACAGAAACCGGCAUCACCCUGGAACAGAAAACAACCUUUGUCUUUGUCGUUUUAUUAUUCAUUUUCCUCGGAAUCCUCAUUGUCCGGUGUUUCCGGAUCCUCCUUGACCCCUAUAGGAGCAUGCCAACCUCUACCUGGGCAGAUGGACUCAACGGACUAGAGAAAGGACAAUUUGAUUAUGCCCUGGCUUAA